AUGGACCCCCUAGCAGAUGCAACCACGAUCGAUCCCAUGGACACAUCGGUAGGAAACCGGUUUGCGCCCUACGGCCCCGAGAACCACAGUGCGCCCUUGUGGAUUACUUCACUUCUUGGGUUGAUCUACGCGGUGGGCGUGUUGACGAUUCGAGUGUUCAUCAAGAGAAGAGUGUUUGGUUGGGAUGACUCGUUGAUUGUCGCGGGCACAUUGCUCGGACUCGCACAAGCCAUCGUAUUCUUCAAGGCGCUCAAGAGUGGUCUAGGUCAAAUAGCAGAGAAUGUUCCAAACCUCAGCACGACAGCAAGCUUGUCUUUCGCAGCGCAGAUUUUGUUACUGAUGGCGCUGUACCUUGCAAAAUGCUCUGGCAUCCUGCUACUACGACGUCUUUUUGUGCGAGACCACAAGAGCAUUAGCCGGCUGUGCGACAUUGCGCUGGGAUUCACGGUUCUUUGCGGGGUUGCGACGGUGAUGCUAAGCAGUGCCGGUUGCCCUUCCUCGGGCUCCUUCACAAGACACUGCAACAACCAGAAGACGCGAUGGAGUGCAAUCACAGCGCUGGAUGUUGUGACCGAAGUCAUUCUGCUGGUGCUGCCAGCAUUUCUAGUAUGGCAGCUGCAGAUGAAGGCGAGCUACAAACUGCGCGUCAUUGCAGCGUUCUGCUUCAGGAUCUUGGUGAUCAUCUUCUCGAUGUUCCAUCUGAGCGCGCGGAUCAAGUACACAGACAAGGCACAGCCGUCCCCAUUCGACGUGGUGUCGACGCUCAUGUGGCACCAAACUUUACUUGCAUGGUCCCUCAUCUCGACGACGAUACCGAACCUGAAGGCUUUCCUGCAUUCGCUGUCUGCGAACUGGGGGGGAGCCGACUGGGGCUACACGGCCAAGGCGUACGGCAAUGGAACCUUCGAAAUGAAGAACAUGGGCACCGAGUCGAGAAGCCGGGCAAUGGCUUCAGGCGCAGGCACCGAGGCUGCCACCGACAUGGACACCAAAUUCGAAACACAGAUUCAGACGGGCCAGGCCGGCGAGAGAAGCUCGCUCGGCAGUGGUGGAAGCCAGGAUAUGAUCAUUCGCAAGGAAACCGUAUGGACCGUGGUGCGAUCGUAA